GGAAAAGGCUUCAAAAGAUGCCUUUUUCCUCCAAUGUUCAUCACUCCUCCAUUCACUCUCGCUUCACUCGCUCCCUCACUCCCAACGUCCCUGUCUCUUCCUUCUAUCACGCCACACUCUGUCUUCCAAAGCUUUGCACUUUUACCCCUCAAUUCUUCUGUAAAGCAAUCCAAUUUCCUUCUUCUUCACUCCAUCACCAGCUCCAUUUCAGCUUUAUUUUCUCUUCCACUUUCCCUCGUUGGAGCAGAAAAUUUGACUGAGCUUUCCAUGUCGAGCACGGCGAAAAAUGCUCCCUUGUCUAGGGUCCUCUUGUCCUGUUUCGUUCUCUUCUCCUCUUUCUUUCUAUCUCACCCUGUGCUGUUCUCUUACUUCGUUUUCUUGUCACCUUACCUUCUCAAGCUUGUCACUUUCCUCUCUCCUCUUCUCAUCACCACCUUCCUUAUCCUGCUUGCCCUCCUCACUCUCUCGCCAGGCCUUGAGGGGUCUCCUGACGAGACGUCGGAAUCCAAAGUGGGAUUUGUUUCAAAGGUAUGUGCCAGGGUUUUAGAGAAGUUGAGAUCAAAUUCAGCUGAUGAAGACGGAGGGACUGAGCUUUCAAAGGACCUUGAAGUGUACAAGAUUUUCUUUGAAGAAGCUUCCCUGUGGGACUCCGGGAAAAGCCAAGAUGAAGCCUCUGAUCAGUUGGAGACACCGGGGGAUUGUGGGUCUGAAGAAUCCGAAGCACCAGUUGACAAGUUCUUGAUCUAUGGAGAUAAUGUCGUCAAGGGGCAUUCUGAGGCGUCGGCAACCAAAUUCGAGCAAGACCCAGUUGAUAUUUCUGAGCCAGGGUUCAAAGUUGAGGACAAGCUUGAAGGACUGUUGCUCCAGGAGAAGGUACGAUGUGAAAGCGAAGGUGCGGUUUUCAAAGCGGAAGAGAAAGAAGUCAAACUUCCAGACUCAUCGCCCAAGAAAGUUGGUGAAGAAGAAGAUCCAAAAGAAGACGAUCCACUGUUCAAAGGCGGAUCCAAGGCAGGGAGCAAUACAAUAAGCGACCCAAAAGCAAGGGAUAAUCAUGGAGGGGGGUGCUUUCCAAGAACGAGGCAGAAUUCUAGACGACUCGGGGAGAGUCUCAGGCUCUUCGACGAAAACGGCGGGGGAGAGCAAUCAUACUAUUCACCAGAUCACGUCUCCGAGAGCCAUUAUGAGAAGACGGGCCUUCAGCACCUGGGGAGCUUCGGGUCGAUGAGGAGAGAGAAAGAGUGGAAGAGGACCCUGGCGUGCAAGCUCUUCGAAGAGAGGCACAAUGCGGAGGAGGGCAGCGAGGGGAUGGAUCUGCUGUGGGAGGCCUACGAGGACGACUCCUCCUCCAAGCAAGCGAAGAACGGCGCGAAGCAGAAGAAGAAGGGCAAGAGAGGAGGGAGGCUCGAGAAAGAUGAAGCCGAAGCCGAAGAAGAAGAAGAAGAAGACGUGGACGAGCAGUUCUGCUGCCUGCAGGCGCUCAAGUUCUCCGCGGGGAAGAUGAACCUGGGCAUGGGAAGGCCCAACCUGGUCAGGAUCUCCAAGGCUUUCCGGGGCAUCGGGUGGCUGCACCAUGUGGGCAGGCACAGCAAGAGAGGCCACAACCACAACUGAAAUCCCCUCAAAGCUCUCUUCUUUUCCUUCUGGGGGUUCUUGAAAGACUCGGGCUUUAAACGGCAAAUGCAAAAGACAAGACAAGAAAAGAAGAAAUCUGUAUUUAUUCGAGUUAUAUCUGCAUCAAAAGUUCGUCUUUGUCGUCUAAUUUUAACAUCAAUAUUUAGCUACUUUUCUUCUUCGCCCCAGUCUCACGUUUUGUUCCUGACGUUGCACGAUUUGGAGGGAUCUGAUAAUGGUUGGCCAAUCGUGAAUUUUAUGCAGCAGGUUUUGUUUUCUGUUGCUUUGAUUCGCUCUCUAUAGAUAGAACAUCUAAGCAAAAAAAAGGUCCACUGUUUCUGAAAAAAACUGAGAUUAGAAGCAGAGACUGACUAUCUACAUUUGGUCCUAUCAGAA